GCUGUCUUCUUCGUUACCUACAUUGUUUUGGUUUGCUGUCCCAGUGUCCGAAGGCGCUUCCCCGGCAAUUUCAUUGCUCUUUCCGUAUUUACCCUUGCUUUCUCCUAUAUGACUGGCACAAUCUCAAGUUUUUAUGAUACCUACUCGGUGCUGAUAGCAGUUGGCGUGACGGCCGGGAUGUGUUUAAUCAUCUCACUGUUUGCCAUCCAGACCAAGAUCGAUUUUACCAAGUGCUCGGCUCUUAUCCUUGUUCUCUCUAUCGUCCUGCUACUCACUGGUAUUGCCUGUGCAAUUGUUUACGCUGUAUCCGGACCGAAUAAGGUUCUUCACGCUGUCUACGGAGGAAUUGGUGCUCUAGUAUUUAGUUUGUAUCUUGUGUUUGAUACGCAGAUGAUCGUUGGGGGACGCAAGCAUGAAAUGAGUCCUGAAGAGUAUAUCUAUGGUGCACUUCAGCUUUACAUGGAUGUCGUUAAUCUCUUCCUUAUGCUUCUCUCUCUUAUCGGCAGUCGAGACUAA